AUGAUUAGGAAGAAACGUCUACGAAAGACAGGCAUUACUGAUUUAGGUGGAGAUGCCUCACUUCCCACACAUGCUUCAGCAUCAUUGUCAGCUCCACCACAACCCCCAGCAUCAUCCCUAGCUCCACCACAACCUAUAGCAUCCUCCCCAACUCCACCGCAACCUCCAUUAUCUGGCCAUGCCCCAUCACAACCUCCAGGAUCUAGGCAGACUCCAUCAGAAUCAUCCACCCCACAUCUAUCUCAGGAUAUUCCAUCAACAGCCUCGUCUACAUCACGUCGUUACUGGACAGUUAAUGUGAUAGAUGAAGAAGGGCUUAUAAAACAGGAAAAACUAAGGGUUAAAGAUGUUUGGUUGUUAGCACGUGGAAGGCGUGUUAUGUUAGAGUUCAAUGAAUCAUUCCAACCAAUUGGAGAUCCAGCUGGACUUCUUGGAGGGAUUUUAGGAGAAUUAGCCUCUGAUUUUGUUGCUUUUCCUGUCAACUAUGAAAGUUGGCACAAAGUACCGAAGACAUACAAAGAAGAAAUUUACAAAAAUAGAAUCAUGGAAAAAUUUAAUGUUAACGAGGGGCCUGCUAAAAAUUUUAUUUUGAAGAACAUUGGAAAGAAAUGGAAGGACAAUAGAUGUAAAUUAUACCAUGAGUGGUAUGAUCCCAAUAUUGGUCGAGAAGCAAAUAUUACAAAGCAUCCACCGGGAAUAUCUCAAGACCAAUGGGUAAGUUUUAUUGACUAUCGUGCACGAGAUAAGACUAAGGAGAUAUGUCAAAAAAAUGUUGAAAAUCAAUUCAAAUUGACAAUUCCACACACAGGAGGGUCGAAGAGUCUAGCAAGGAAAACAUAUGAGAUGGAAAUUGAGAGUGGCCAGCCUGUGAGUAGGGGUUUAUUAUACAUUGCGACGCAUAAGAAGAAAGAUGGAUCUUUUGUGAAUGAAGGAGCAUGA